AUGGUUCAUCGGUUUGCACCCAGCCGAUGUUCGCCGGUGGCAAUGUGUGUGCUGACUGUCCUGGCAUGGAAUUGGUCCUCAGCCAUGGCGGGUCGGAGUUGCAGUGACACACGACAGGUGUAUGGAGAGAAGGGGUUUAGCCUGGGCACUGCCCCGCUGACACAGAUCUCGGGCGAGCACCUGAAGCUGUGUCCCCAGGACUACACCUGCUGCUCCAGUCUGAUGGAGGAGACGCUGGGGCAGCAGAGUGAGACUGACUUCCUGUCCGCCGUCGAGGACAGCAGCCAGUUCAUCGUCACCUCUCUCAUUCAGCGCCAUCGCAAGUUUGACGAUUUUUUCAGAGAGCUCACUGAUGUCGCAGAAAAGUCCAUGAACCAGAUGUUUACCACAACAUACGGUCGCCUCUACCAUCAAAACUCGCACAUCUUCCAGAACUUGUUUGCUGAGCUUCGUCGCUACUACUCCGGGGGCACUGUGAGCCUGGGCGAGGUCCUGGCAGACUUCUGGUCUCGUCUGUUGGAGCGGGUCUUCACCCUGAUCAACCCCCAGUACCAGCUGAGCGAAGACUACCUGGAGUGUGUCAGCAAGCAUGGCGAGCAGCUCCAGCCCUUUGGAGACGUGCCCCGCAAGCUUCACAUACAGGUGUCCAGGGCUUUUAUAGCUGCCAGAGCUCUUGUCCAAGGCCUCGCCACUGGGCGUGAUAUUGUGAACAAAGCAAUAAAGAUGAAUGUUGGAUCGGAGUGUGUCCGUGCCUUGAUGCGGCAGUGGUACUGCCCACUGUGCCGUGCCAUACCCACUGUGAAGCCUUGCCACUCCCUGUGCCUUAACGUGAUGAAGGGCUGCCUGGCCAAUCAAGCCGACUUGGACGUAGAAUGGAACAGUUUCAUUGAUGCGAUGGUGGCAGUGGCUGACAAGCUUGGGGGUCCCUUUAACAUGGAGCUGGCGGCAGACUCCAUUGCUGUCAAGGUGUCCGAGGGCAUCAUGAAUCUGCAAGACAACAGUGUCACCAUAUCCACCAAGGUAUUCCAGGGAUGUGGCAACCCACGACCAAAACCCAGCAGGACCAAACGCUCCCCCAGUAAGGAGCCACAAGCCAACCGGAAGCCGUUCAGGAAUUACAGCCCCGAGGAGAAACCCACCACGGCAGCAGGCACCAACCUGGACCGCUUGGUGUCGGAUCUGAAAGAGCGCCUGCGUCCCAUGAAGGGUUUCUGGGUGUCUUUGCCACACACCAUUUGCAAUGAUGACAAGAUAGCUGCAGAUGUCACCAAUGAGGACCGCUGCUGGAAUGGACAGGCUCGUGGACGAUACUUGCCAGAGGUGAUGGGUGAUGGGCUGGUGAGUCAGAUCAACAACCCUGAGGUGGAGCUGGACAUCGCGCGGCCUGACGUCAGAACCAGGCAGCUGAUCAUGGAGCUGAGGGUGGCCACCAACCGCCUCAGGCACGCCCAGGCAGGGCAGGACACAGACUUCAUGGACAUCGAGGGAGAGGAUAGCAGUGGCUCGGGCGGCGGUGACUCAGGCGAGAGGUUCAGCGAUGAUUGGCCCGGCUACGGCCCGUACUCCCCACCCUACAGCAAGCCUGCGCGCAACCCCAGCGGUCCCAGCCGGCCCUCCCGCCCUCGUGAUCGGGACCGCGAGCGUGACCGUGAGCGGAGCGGCACAAAGUGGAGCCGAGCCAACCAGGGCCGAGGGACGUCAGCCGCCACACCUUUAUUCCUCUCAGCAUCUCAUGCCCCCCUUGUCUGGGUGACGCUGGUGCUCUCUCUCGCCACCAUGUGGAGGUAACCUGUCAUGGCUGUCUUGGACUCAGUUCAGAUUUGACCUCUGCCCUCUGGCAGUUAGAAAAAAAAGAGUUGUUUGUGCCUCUGCCUUUCUAAAAGUACACAAAUCCAGUACAUAAUGUGAAAUGCUUCAUUGAAUCUUCAGCUUGUCGUCUAUAAAUAUGAUCAACAAGCUUUUAAAUCAAAGCAAUUCCGCUAAUAUUUCCCAAGACCGACCAUGAAAUAACAUGAAAAUGUGACCAUCAAGAGGUGAAAUAAUCCCUUUACUGUGAAGGAUGUCUUAAGAAAACUGUUUUGGCAGUAAAUGAGUAUUUCAAGUACAGUCUGUGCUCAAAUACAAGUGAGUGUUUCCAAUAGCAGCAAUUGUUAUAGCUGUUUUCACGUGAGUCAGAAUAUCAUAAUGUGCACAUGUGUGAGUGACUCACUCCACACAUCUUAAACACUGAUACUUCAUAAUCAAUCAGCAAGACGAGCAAUAACAUUUUACUGUAUUUUUUUCCACCUUGAUGGAGAAUCAGGAAGCACAACUAAUCAACCAGCCAACCACACUAUGCUGUCUUAUUCAUGAAGUCUAUGCAGUUUGCAAAAAUAAUGCGCUACAUAGGAUCUUUUUGUAAAUGUCAUAAUCAAUGGGUUGGACUUGUAUUGUCCUUUCUAAGCACCUUUCCUCUAAAGUGAAUGAGUAACGCACAGUAAUGCCAUUGUAGUCGACCUUUUUUGGUGAUGAUAUCAAAAUGUGACCGAAUACCACACGUUUAUCUUAUUAUUGCAGAUAGUGCUACCAUCCGUGACUGCAAAAGUUCAACAUUUGAAUAAUGUCUGUUCACCAUGCUGAUGACAGAAGAUAUCUGGCCUAGCAUUUUCACAUUUUUACAAUACAUUUUAAAUGCACACUUAGUAAAACAUGGAUAAAACGCAUUUCGAAACACAUUUAGGUUGUUUUUAUUCAGUGCUGUACACCAACAUCACAUUUUCUUUUUUGUUGCCGUUGUUUUUUAGUGAUGAUUAUAAUUUGAUUAAGUGAUUUCACCCCUGUACACACGUCACGUCCCUCAGCAGAACUGAAAGACUUUGACCAAUCUCAGAAAUGCCCUCUUGCAGGGAACAUGCAUUUCGUUCUCAGUUUUAUUGUUGUAGAUAUGUAUGUUGUAUGUUUGCUAAUAUGUUAUGUUUAUCUUUUUAUGCCUUCGUAUUUAUAUGCCUUGUUAUUUAUUUCUAUUUAUUUUUGAACAUUACCUUUUGCAGAGUUUUCUGCUGAAUGUCUAAACCAGAGGAGUGUGUGUGUUUUAAUUCUGUUUCUGUUUGUGGAGUGCCAUUUUAGCUCCGAAGGCAGGAUUGUUAAUAGCUGCUAACUGGGUGAAAAGGCCGAGAUGUUGAAUGGCUGUAUUGUCAAGAAUGUCGAGCGAACACCCAGAGAGGGAAAAAAGACAAGACAUGACAAGCUUGAGUGAAUUGCAGCCAGUGUGAACCGUCCGUGACCUUGUAAAAACACACAAGCUGCUUGGGAAAGCCUGUGAUGAAAAGCACAUUGGAUGAAAAAAAAAAGGAUAGCGAGAGAAAGUCUGUGUGUGUGAGAGAGAAAGUGUGUAUAUAUGUGGUAAAGAGAGAGUGAGAUGGAGAGGAGGUUAGGGACACAGAGAGACAAAAAUGCAUUUGCAAAAAAGAAAACGGAGUAGAGGUGUUCAGGGACAACACAUGGAUUGUGAGUGAGAGAUUGAAAUCCAAUUGGAUGUGGUACAAAUUCAGAAAAAAAUGGAUGGAAGGAACAGCUUCCUGCUUUAUUUUUCUUUAAAAGCCCUGAAUGUUGAACACACCUUAUGUAAACUGAUUCAUUUGUUUUGUCAUGGAACAUGACAGAAGUGUGCGUGUGUCGUGUGUGCGUGCGUGCAUGUAGACACACAUCAUUCUCAUUAAAUGUAUUAGGUGGUACUGUGAUAAUUAUCAAACCAAUCCUUGAGACAGGUAGAUUAUAGUUCUACUUGCAUAUGACAAUAUCAUACAACAAAAUCCUUAAGGUGUUACACUAGUGUGAUGUACAGUAGAUUGUGCUGGUUCUUUUUUUCAUCACAUUCAGUAUUUCAUUAUGUCAUAUCAGGGUGAGCACAAGUUGAAAAGACUUUGGUGAAAUCAAAAUAACCUUUGUAUGAACCCCAUGUUACAAUCACCUUUUCAAUAUAGUUAGGUUACUGUACGCUAAUGGCACAAAAUGUUGACCUUUUUCUAUGAAUGUUCCACUGUGAAAUGUGUUUUUUUGUAACUCUUUUAUUUUUAAAUGUCAAGAACACAUUGUGUACGUGAAACCAAUGAAUAAAACGAUUGUUUCUUUAA